AUGGAUCCAAGGAAUCCGUAUAGCCAGUCUGCUGGUUAUAUUGGCCUUCUUCACAGUCAACACGAAAGUGUUCAUCAUGAGAACUCUCCUUAUGAGAGUUUUCAUUCUGGAUCUUCACAGAUCCCUCCAUUCAGUUCACAACAAGGAGAUGCUCCAACUCCACCUACAGACACACCGGUGGAGCGUGGGAAGAGACAUAAAUGGACUCCUGCAGAGGACGAGAAGCUGAUUAAUGCCUGGCUAAACACAUCUAAAGAUGCAAUAGUCGGCAAUAACCAAAAGUCAGGGACAUUCUGGAAGCGAGUAGGAGAUUAUUUCUUUGCGGCUUUGAAUGUUGGUGAAAGUUGCGAGCAUCUCCAUUAUAGGCAGAGGUGGCAGAAAAUCAAUGAUCAAACUAACAAGUUUUGUGGUGCAUAUGCGGCUGCGGAGCGACAAAUUAGUAGUGGUCAGCAUGAGAAUGAUGUUCUCAAGGUGGCCCAUGACAUAUUUUACGCUGAUCAGGAGUCCAAAUUUACACUGGAGCAUGCGUGGUGUGUGUUGAGGAAAACCGUUCAACCAAAUUCCCAAACAUCAACCACAAGUGUUGGUGAACAAGAGAUACGACCAGAAGGUGUAAAGGCCACAAAAGCUAAACGGAGCAAUGCGAUGGGGAAGUCUGUUGGUGAGUAUAAGGAGGUUUGGGAAAUGAGGAAGGUGGAUUUGGAUAGGAAAGAGAAACUGUCAAAGCUUGCCAUCUUAGACACUCUCCUAGCCAAAACCGAACCACUCAGUGAGCGAGAAGAAGUAGCCAAAAACAAGCUUCUCGCCGAGUAUUUCUAG